AUGAUUCGUCAUCUACUGUUUCUCAUCUUCCUACUACAACAACCAGGACCUAGUGAAUCAUGUCAACCACCUAUGCCUGCUUCCUCAUUUCAAAGCAAUGGUGUCCCCAUAAAUGUUCCUUCCUCUCCGCAAUAUGUUCCUGCAAAUGGAUCUCCCAUUGAUCAGUCGGCACCGAUUCCACCACCACCUCCACCUCCGCCGGUCAGUAAUUCUGAGAAUGGACAAUUGGAAAUGAUCAAUGCACCUGAUAAAGGGGAGAAACGGACCAGAGAGAUAACUCCUUAUCCUGGAUACAUUCCUCCGCCACCUGCACCUUCGUUCCCAACCCUGAUUGACAAUUCCGAGAUGCCGCAAGCACGUGUGAAUCAACAGUCCUCCAAUACUUUCCGUUCAGAAACCCCACUCCAAAUAUUGUCUCCUGAUAGUACGAGAAGAGAUUUUUCUUGUCCUGAUGAGUUAACUUCUAUCCCCGACUUCCUUACAUGUGUACGUCGCCUGUCUACCGUAACCCUUGAUGAGCGGAAUAUGUCUUGUGAUUUCGAAAAAGAUUCUGGAUGUCGAUUCAAAUCCAUCUCGAGCCCACUGAGCGUUGGAAACUUCCCUAAUGCAGACCACUACCGUACCUUUGCAUCACUGGCUGGACGUCCAGAAGAAGAGACACCAGUUGGGAACUUUGUAUUCUUCAUCGAACAUCGGGGCACUGAUCCAGAGGAUGAGUUUAUUAUGUCAACACCCAUCACAUGUCAAAAGGGAAAUGGAGUUCUCAAGUUCAAUUAUUGGAUCGUUGGACAACAAGAAAAAGUAGUGCUUCGUGUUUGCACACAGAAUCAUUUAUCCAGGUCUUGUACACAAUCCAUUUCAUACAAUGCACCAAGCGCUUCUAUUGCGAUUGAAGUCGUUCAUCCAAAUUCUACGUUUUUCGAGUUGGAAAUCGUCGCAUCUAAUCUCGUAGAUCCAGCUGUAAUUGUUUAUGACAACAUCGAAUACAAAGCUGAUCUCUGCGAAUGGGACGAGAAGACUGGUAUAAAAGAAGAUGUCGUUGAUGAGAAGCCCAUUGCAUCCGUCGAUUCAUUCUUUGAAGCGGAGGAACGACAAGAAGACAAGGAUCCGUCAGGAGAAUCACAGGGGGCCGACGAAUCAGAGUCUUCAGAGAAAGCCACGUUGACUAAUCCUGUUCCAACAAGACCGAUUCGUUUGUCACCAAGAAGAGCCGAAAUGGAACAACUGAUAUCGGAGUUGACCGAGGAACGUGGAUCAGAACUAAUUGAAGAUUCAGCAGACCGCGAGGAGCCCCAAACUGUUUGCAAAUCAUUAAACUGUGACUUCGAUCAUAGUAUGUGCUUCUACAACAAUUAUGUAAACGAGAGCAUGAGUAUUUCUCCAUGGCAACAUGGAAACAACAGAAUCGGCAAUCCACAUACGGGAGUUCGAGAAGGAAGUGGGUUCUUGUACGUUGGAACUGAUAGUCCUGCCGAUUCGAAAAUCGUCAACUACAUUUUAGAGUCUCCAGAUCUUUCAGUAGAUGAGGAUUUCAAUUUGAAAAUGGAUAUUUAUCGGCGUUCAAAUGAUAUCACACUCCAAAUCUGUCUGGAUACACCAUUCUACUGUCCGUAUAUAAUAAAUCCAUUUGAGAAGGAAACCAAUUGGAUGGAAGGAGAAGAGUUUUUGAUUCCAAAGGGAACUUUAAAGGUUUAUAUUCGAGCUAUUCAAUGGAGGAGAUUCAAGUGGUUGGCCAUUGAUAAUCUGAAAGUGACAUCUACCCAAUGCUAA